UUUUUUCUUUUUUGAAAAAUAUAUGACAUGAUGAAACUAAAAUCACAUAUUCAAAUGCACGUAGGAACGUCAAAUAGAUUCGUUGGUGUGACGAGCAAAUUCAAUACAACAAUUGAAAUCAAUCCUCCAUAUCCACAGACUGCUGAGUUAAGGACGUGGAUCAAAACAAUUGAAACAAAGCUUGUUGCUUAUAAGAUGAAAAGUACAACUCCAAUAGGCUCUAUUAUGUUGAUUCCAUUUGAGGAUGAGGUUAUAUCUGUGGCUAACAUCCAAGCACAACCUCCGGGACAAGUAUUUAAUGUUGAGGCUGAAUUGUCCCUUCCAAGUAAGGAUCAACUCUUUAGUGUGUUGGCAUGCUCAAAUUGUAAGCAACUGUUCACAAGAUAUAACGUGCGAAGGGAAAUCUACUGCACAAGUUGUCACCGAUCCACACAUCUUAUUCCUAGGUGUCAAUUUGAAGUUACUAUUAAGGACAACAACGGUUUUGCAACAACUAUUGUUUCUGAUGAAAUUGCAGAGAAAUUGUUGCACCUCACUUCAGAAGAAAUUUAUGAAAUUUGCUUCGUCAAGAAAGAAACAUUAUCGCUCCAAAAUGUGGAAGAUCAAUUGAACGUUGGAACACUUUUUGCUGUGGUUCUCGAAGUGAUGUUUUGGAAUUCUUUUGUUGCUGCCAUUGAAUGCUGA